CCAGUUGGCUAAGUAAACUUGCCGAAACAUGUCUGCCAAGCGACAUCUGAUAGAAACCAUGGCCGCUACCUGCCACUCUGUGGUGUCCCCGACUCUGCAUCAAGCACCAAGAAACGACUGUGGAAAACACACAAACCCCACUAGUGAGCAAAUUAGAAAGCUCGUACUUCGCAUUCCCAAGGAAUCAACCCAGCCUCUUCACCUGUAUCAACUGCGUCACGAGGUGGCCUAUCUCCAGUACCUUGCUCAAAAGCUGAGGAGUUUAUUGAGGGACAAGCGCCUGAGCGUUGCGUGGCCACAGCUCCCUGAGGAUCAGAAAAAACUUGGGGGGACAAGAUUUGAUUUCAUUGGAGGCCUUGACCCGGAUGCCCAUUGUUUUCCGGGUUCCUUUUUCCUUGAUGACCUUCCGUUGGGCCCCUGCUUUCUUUUCCCCUGUGUUGUUGAAGGGAAUAAUUGCUUAUCAUGUUCACAGGCCAAAUUCCACCCUCGUGACUGUCAUAAUAUUGGCCCAUCCGUGAACAGCAAGGAUUAUAUCCUCUCCUGCUACGACCGGGAGAUAUAUUAUGAUACCCAUGCAAACAGGGAUGAAAUUCUACUAGAAGCCUUUGAAAAAUACUUCCAUGCAAAGUACCAUGCUCAUUCGCAAUGGACAUCUUGUGGGAAUUGUGGACUGGGAGUUCUCCGGGUGUCUACCUGCUUAAAUGUCUCCGUUGAAGAAGCCGGAAGCGUUGUUAUUCCUAUAACGAGCAAUGAUUGCCUAGGUAACUGA